AUGGCUCAAAAAUCUCUCAGCGAUGAUGAGAAAUUCCUCUUUGUGGACAAAAACUUCAUUAACAACCCACUUGCCCAGGCUGACUGGUCAGCGAAGAAACUGGUUUGGAUUCCAUCAGAGAAACAUGGAUUCGAAGCAGCAAGUAUCAAGGAAGAGAAAGGGGAUGAGGUGACAGUUGAACUGGCAGAAAAUGGAAAGAAAGUAACACUGAGCAAGGAUGACAUCCAGAAGAUGAACCCUCCAAAGUUCUCCAAAGUGGAGGACAUGGCGGAGCUGACUUGCCUCAAUGAAGCUUCAGUGCUGCACAAUCUAAGGGAGAGAUACUUCUCAGGUUUAAUUUAUACUUAUUCAGGUCUGUUCUGCGUGGUGAUAAAUCCAUACAAACAGCUACCCAUUUAUUCAGAGAAGAUCAUCGACAUGUACAAGGGAAAGAAGAGGCACGAGAUGCCGCCCCACAUCUACGCGAUCGCGGACACAGCCUACAGGAGCAUGCUGCAAGAUCGAGAAGACCAGUCUAUCCUGUGCACAGGUGAAUCUGGUGCUGGCAAGACAGAAAAUACCAAAAAGGUCAUUCAGUACCUGGCUGUUGUUGCUUCAUCACAUAAGGGCAAAAAGGACACCACCAUCACUCAAGGUCCAUCUUUUUCUUACGGUGAGCUGGAAAAACAGCUUCUACAGGCAAACCCUAUUCUUGAAGCUUUUGGAAAUGCCAAAACUGUGAAGAACGACAACUCCUCCAGAUUCGGCAAAUUCAUCCGCAUCAACUUUGACGUGACAGGCUACAUUGUCGGAGCAAACAUAGAGACUUAUUUGCUUGAAAAAUCCCGUGCUAUUCGUCAGGCUAAAGAUGAGCGAACAUUUCAUAUCUUUUAUUAUUUGAUUGCUGGAGCUUCUGAAAAAAUGAGAAAUGAUCUGUUGCUGGAAGCCUUCAACAAUUAUACCUUUCUAUCUAAUGGCCAUGUGCCUAUUCCUGGUCAACAAGAUGAUGAGAUGUUCCAGGAGACCUUGGAAGCCAUGACAAUUAUGGGCUUUACUGAGGAGGAACAGAUAGCUAUACUGAGGGUUGUUUCAUCUGUUCUGCAACUGGGUAACAUUGUCUUCAAGAAAGAGAGAAACACUGAUCAAGCUUCUAUGCCAGACAACACUGCUGCACAAAAAGUGUGUCACUUGAUGGGCAUUAAUGUGACAGAUUUCACAAGAUCUAUUCUAACCCCAAGGAUCAAAGUAGGACGAGAUGUUGUUCAGAAAGCUCAGACCAAAGAGCAGGCAGACUUUGCCAUAGAGGCUUUGGCCAAGGCAAAAUUUGAACGUCUUUUCCGUUGGAUUCUUGCUCGUGUAAACAAAGCUCUCGAUAAAACAAAAAGACAAGGUGCUUCCUUCUUGGGGAUCCUUGAUAUCGCUGGAUUUGAGAUUUUUGAGAUCAAUUCCUUUGAGCAGCUGUGCAUCAAUUACACCAAUGAGAAGCUUCAACAGCUUUUCAACCACACAAUGUUUAUAUUGGAGCAAGAGGAAUACCAGCGAGAGGGCAUUGAAUGGAAUUUCAUUGACUUUGGCCUUGACCUGCAACCUUGCAUUGAACUGAUUGAAAGACCGACCAACCCUCCGGGUGUCCUGGCUCUGCUGGAUGAAGAGUGCUGGUUCCCCAAAGCUACUGACACAUCCUUUGUGGAGAAACUAUGUCAAGAACAAGGCAACCAUCCCAAAUUCCAGAAGCCCAAGCAACUCAAAGAUAAAACCGAGUUCUGUAUAAUGCACUACGCAGGAAAGGUACUGGACAGAUUGAGUUAUUCUGAAUUAGAGAACUUUGAUUCUCUGAUGACCAAAUCUUCAGACAAAUUUGUAGCAGAUCUUUGGAAAGAUGUGGACCGUAUAGUUGGGCUGGACCAGAUGGCCAAGAUGACUGAAAGCUCACUCCCUAGUGCUUCAAAAACCAAGAAAGGCAUGUUCCGUACUGUUGGCCAACUCUAUAAGGAGCAGCUGACCAAACUGAUGACCACCUUAAGGAAUACCAAUCCCAACUUUGUCCGCUGUAUCAUUCCAAAUCAUGAAAAAAGGGCUGGUAAACUUGAUGCCCAUUUAGUGCUGGAGCAGUUGCGCUGCAAUGGUGUCUUGGAAGGUAUUCGUAUCUGCCGGCAGGGAUUCCCCAACAGGAUUGUCUUCCAGGAGUUCCGCCAGCGAUAUGAAAUUCUUGCUGCAAAUGCUAUUCCUAAAGGAUUCAUGGAUGGGAAACAGGCUUGUAUACUGAUGAUCAAAGCAUUAGAACUUGAUCCCAACUUGUACAGAAUUGGACAGAGUAAAAUAUUCUUCAGAACAGGCGUUCUGGCUCACUUGGAAGAAGAGAGAGACCUGAAGAUCACAGACGUUAUUAUCGCCUUCCAGGCUCAGUGCCGAGGCUACUUAGCAAGAAAAGCCUUUGCCAAGAGACAGCAACAGCUGACUGCAAUGAAGGUUAUCCAAAGAAAUUGUGCUGCUUACCUGAAGCUGAGGAACUGGCAAUGGUGGAGACUGUUCACUAAAGUGAAACCACUGCUGCAAGUCACCCGCCAAGAGGAAGAAAUGCAGGCCAAGGAUGAAGAACUACAAAAAACUAAGGAAAGACAACAAAAAGCAGAGAGUGAAUUGAAGGAGCUGGAACUGAAACACACACAGCUUUGUGAAGAGAAGAACCUCCUUCAGGAACAGCUUCAGGCAGAAACCGAACUGUAUGCUGAAGCUGAAGAGAUGAGAGUCCGUUUAGCUGCUAAGAAACAAGAGCUGGAAGAGAUUCUGCAUGAGAUGGAAGCCAGAAUUGAAGAAGAGGAGGAGCGCAGCCAGCAGUUGCAAGCAGAAAAGAAAAAGAUGCAGCAACAAAUGCUGGACCUUGAGGAACAGCUGGAAGAAGAAGAAGCUGCAAGGCAGAAACUGCAACUUGAAAAAGUAACAGCAGAUGGCAAGAUAAAGAAAAUGGAAGAUGAUAUUCUCAUAAUGGAAGAUCAGAAUAACAAGCUAACCAAGGAAAGAAAACUUCUUGAGGAAAGAAUAAGUGAUCUAACAACAAAUCUUGCAGAAGAAGAAGAAAAAGCCAAAAAUCUUACGAAGCUGAAAAACAAACACGAAUCUAUGAUUUCAGAACUUGAAGUGCGACUGAAGAAAGAAGAGAAGAGCAGACAAGAACUGGAAAAAAUUAAGAGGAAGUUGGAAGGGGAGUCGAGUGAUCUGCAUGAGCAAAUCGCAGAGCUCCAGGCACAAAUUGCUGAGCUGAAGGCACAACUAGCCAAGAAGGAGGAAGAGCUACAGGCUGCUCUUGCCAGGCUUGAAGAUGAAACUAGUCAGAAGAACAAUGCCCUCAAGAAGAUCCGUGAAUUGGAAUCUCAUAUCUCUGAUCUCCAGGAAGACUUGGAGUCUGAGAGAGCUGCAAGAAACAAAGCAGAAAAACAGAAGAGAGACCUUGGUGAAGAGCUGGAGGCUCUCAAGACAGAGCUUGAGGAUACUUUGGAUACCACAGCCACCCAGCAAGAGCUCAGAGCAAAGCGUGAACAGGAGGUCACAGUGCUGAAGAGAGCUCUGGAGGAGGAGACUCGAACUCAUGAAGCCCAGGUCCAGGAGAUGAGGCAAAAGCACACUCAAGCUGUGGAAGAGCUAACAGAACAGCUGGAGCAAUUCAAACGGGCUAAAGCAAACUUGGAUAAGACCAAACAGUCAUUGGAGAAAGACAACGCUGAUCUGGCUAAUGAAGUUAGGAGCCUGAAUCAGGCCAAACAAGACGUAGAGCACAAAAAGAAGAAGCUGGAAGUACAGCUGCAAGAGUUACAGUCCAAGUACACUGACGGAGAGCGUGUUCGGACAGAACUCAAUGAAAAAGUUCAUAAGUUACAGGUUGAGGUUGAAAACGUUACUGGUUUGCUUAAUGAAGCAGAAAGCAAGACAAUCAAAUUGACCAAAGAUGUUGCAACUUUAGGAUCCCAGCUACAAGAUACACAGGAGCUGCUUCAGGAAGAAACACGGCAGAAGCUAAACGUGUCUACCAAGCUUCGUCAGUUAGAGGAUGAGAAGAACAGCUUGCAAGAGCAGUUGGAUGAAGAAAUAGAAGCAAAACAAAAUCUGGAGAGACAUAUUUCAACGCUGACAAUACAGCUCUCUGACUCUAAGAAGAAGCUACAGGAAUAUACCAGCACAAUAGAAAUCAUGGAAGAAGGCAAAAAGAAAUUUCAGAAGGAAAUUGAAAGCCUCACACAACAGUUUGAGGAAAAGGCUGCUUCUUACGACAAACUGGAAAAAACCAAGAACAGACUCCAGCAGGAGCUGGAUGACCUGGUGGUGGACUUAGACAACCAGCGUCAGCUAGUCUCCAACCUGGAGAAGAAACAGAAGAAGUUUGAUCAGAUGCUAGCUGAAGAGAAAAACAUCUCUUCAAAAUACGCAGAUGAAAGGGACAGAGCAGAAGCUGAAGCUAGAGAAAAAGAAACAAAGGCUUUGUCACUGGCCCGAGCACUUGAAGAGGCUUUGGAAGCCAAAGAAGAACUGGAGAGAACGAACAAAAUGUUGAAAGCUGAAAUGGAAGAUCUUGUUAGCUCCAAAGAUGAUGUUGGCAAGAAUGUCCACGAAUUGGAGAAAUCUAAACGGACCCUUGAACAGCAAGUAGAAGAGAUGAAGACACAAUUAGAAGAGCUGGAGGAUGAGCUACAGGCUGCUGAAGAUGCCAAACUCAGGUUGGAGGUUAACAUGCAGGCCCUGAAAGGCCAGUUUGAAAGAGAUUUACAAGCCAGAGACGAACAGAAUGAGGAGAAAAGACGACAACUCCUUAGACAGCUCCAUGAAUAUGAAACGGAACUGGAAGAUGAGCGGAAGCAACGUGCCCUGGCAGCUGCAGCCAAAAAGAAGCUGGAGAUUGAUGUUAAAGAUCUAGAAAGCCAAGCUGAUUCUGCUAAUAAAGCUCGGGAAGAAGCCAUCAAACAGCUUCGCAAAUUACAGGCUCAGAUGAAGGAUUACCAACGAGAGCUGGAUGAUGCACGGGCUGCCAGAGAAGAAAUAUUUGCUACAGCCAGAGAAAAUGAGAAGAAAGCAAAGGGCCUGGAAGCAGAACUCAUCCAGCUUCAAGAGGAUCUGGCUGCUGCAGAGAGAGCUCGCAAACAAGCAGAUCUGGAGAAAGAAGAGAUGGCAGAGGAACUUGCAAGUGCUACUUCUGGAAGGACAAGCCUUCAGGAUGAGAAACGGCGCCUGGAGGCAAGAAUUGCCCAACUGGAGGAAGAGUUAGAAGAGGAGCAAAGCAACAUAGAGGCAAUGGGUGAUCGCAUGAGGAAAGCAGUACAGCAGGCAGAGCAGCUGAACAACGAGCUGGCAACAGAGCGCUCAGCUGCACAGAAGAACGAAAAUGCUCGGCAGCAACUGGAGAGGCAGAACAAAGAGCUGAAGAGUAAGCUGCAGGAGAUGGAAGGAGCUGUGAAGUCCAAAUUCAAAACUACAAUUGCUGCUCUGGAGGCCAAAAUUGCUUCUCUUGAAGAGCAAUUGGAACAGGAAGCCAGAGAAAAGCAGGCUGCAGCCAAGACGUUGCGCCAGAAGGACAAGAAGCUGAAGGAUGCAUUGCUGCAGGUGGAGGACGAGAGAAAGCAAGCGGAGCAGUACAAAGAUCAGGCUGAGAAGGGCAACACACGACUCAAGCAACUGAAAAGGCAGCUGGAGGAGGCUGAGGAAGAGUCUCAGCGUAUCAACGCAAACCGCAGGAAGCUGCAGAGAGAGCUGGAUGAAGCUACUGAGAGUAACGAAGCCCUGGGUCGCGAGGUUGCAGCACUGAAGAGCAAGCUCAGGAGGGGAAAUGAGCCAGCAUCUUUUGCCCCACCCCGUAGAUCUGGAGGCAGAAGAGUAAUUGAGAAUGCAACAGAAGGAGGUGAUGAAGAAAUGGAUGCAAGAGACGGAGAUUUCAAUGGAACAAAAGCCAGUGAAUAAACACGCUUUAAAAAUUGCACUGCAGCAAGGGGAGGGAGGACGAUAUUUAGCACUGUAUAAGUCUGCUCUUAGUGUCAAGGUCACAUACACCCACUCCUCUGACUGAUAAAAGCACAACUGCCUUGUCUCCAAUGUAUAGAUCAACGUUACAAGUACUCCAAAACUUAUCUUACUAUGAAGUGUAUUUGAAAAAGCGGGGGAUUUUUAACACCCAUUCACUUUAAGAAUCUUCUAGAAAGUGAGUUCUAGUAGCUCAGAUGAUUUAAAUCCCAGUGAACUAUAGUUUACAGAGGAUUUGAGAGACUGUUGCAGGGGAAAAAAAAGGCAUUGGUCAGUUAAUCUUUCCUUAAAGUUUCAUUUUUUCUUGAGUAUUCAAUUAAUAUAGGGUUUUUUUCUGGUUACUACACCCCUGAUGCACCAUUCACAAGGUGGAAGUGCCUUUUUAAUCACUUUCUUAAAAAUAAAAUAUCAUUUGUUCAAAUUAAGUCUACUGUAACAGUUUUAUAUGCACCAUGGAUGUGCUUACACACUAAUAAAAGGCUAUAAAAACU